CUCGUCUCUAGGCCAUCUAAUCGAGUUCUCGAGUGCAUCUCUAGAUGCCUGGAGACAGAGAAGUGAGAUCUUAGUACGUCUACAUGUCCAAACAGUAGCUUAUUCACCCAGCGACAACUGAACAACGACUACACCAACACUGUGCUCGGAAGGUUUGCCUCGGUAGAGGCAUGAUCGCAUAUGUACCCGCGUACCUUCCGGGGUUUCGGUGGUAAGUUGUCGGACGCCCGUCGACGUAGUUAACUUACUCCGCUUUACCAUUGCAACUAUCAAACACCAAUCUAUCGACUUCAACAUGGGAUCCAUAGGCCCCAAUACAAGCCACCAUCGCUAUCCGCCGUUCCCAGGCGACAUCAAGACCGCCCCACUAGUCUCACUGUCCCUAUCCAAACUCCAAGCAGGCGAUGAAGCAGAAUCCAAGGCCUUUUUCGAUGCCGCUAGGAACUUGGGAUUCUUCUACCUUCAACUCGAAGGCUCGACGCUCGGCGAAAGCGUAGUGGAUGGAGCGGAGCAACUGCACGCAAUCUCCCAGGAAUUCUACCAGAGACCGCAAGAGGAACGAGAGGAGUAUGCCAGGGAGAAGAUUGACGACUUUUUCGGGUACCGCAAGGUGGAGUUGAAGGAGAAAGACGAGAACGGUGUCCCAAAAAGGAACGAGAUUUACAAUAUGCGAAAAGACGACUUCGUGGGCAACGCGGAUCCCCUGCCGUGCCAUCCGCUCGUCAAGCAGAAUUGGGACGUACUCACUUCUUACGUCUACCAUUGCCGUGAGGUCAUCGACAUUCUCAUCACCCAUCUGGAGAAGCAUCUGGAACUACCCACCGGCACGCUCGCAAACCUUCACCGUAUUACGGAGAGGUCAGGAGAUCACGUCCGCUUCAACCAGUCCGCUGUGCAACCCUUUUCGGAGGAGCGCGCGGCAAUGGGCGAGCACACGGAUUUCGGCACGCUUACAAUUCUGAUGAACUGGCUCGGCGGCUUGCAGAUUCGCCUUCCAGACUCGGCGGAAUGGGUCUACGUCAAGCCGAUCCCGGGUAGUGCGGUCGUGAACCUGGGAGAUGCGUUGGUGAAAUUCACCGCGGGUAUCUUGCGGAGUAAUGUUCACCGAGUCGUUCCGCCACCGCCACCGCAGGACGGGGUGCUGAGGCAUAGCCUGGUGUACUUCUCCCGACCGGAGGACAAAGUGGUGUUGAAGAGAUUGAAGGGCGGAUUGAUUGAUCAGCAGCCGCAGGGCGAGGAUGGUCCUGAGAUGACGGCGCAGGAGUGGACUUGGCACCGAAGCGUUGGCAAUCUGAAGGGGGUGUAUACACACAAUGGUGGGCUUGAGGCGAGGGAGAAUCAGAUGAAGUCUGGCUUUUGAGUUUAUUCGAUGGCAAA